CCACAGGGGUGCUCUGCCUCACCAUGCCCUCAGACCCUGCACAGUGUGCCCAAGGUGAGUGCCAGCAGCCACAGGGGUGCUCUGCCCCAGCACACCCUCAGACCCUGGGCAGUGUGCCCAAGGUGAGUGCCAGCAGCCACAGGGGUGCUCUGCCCCACCAUGCCCUCAGACCCUGCACAGUGUGCUCAAAAAGGUGAGUGCCAGCAGCCACAGGGGUGCUCUGCCCCAGCACACCCUCAGACCCUGGGCAGUGUGCUCAAGGGGAGUGCCAGCAGCCACAGGGGUGCUCUGCCCCACCAUGGUGUCCCUGUGCCCUGAGGCUCUCAUCAGGGCUCAGAGCUCUGGCCCCUGAGGUCAUAAAGAUAUGAAAAGUUCUAAUCCUGUCCUUUGAAACAGUGUCUUAAAAAGUUGACGGUGAUAUUGUUCUUUUAAAAGACUGCAUUUUCAGACAACAAUAAUAACAAUAACAAUAAUAUGUGGUGGUGGUCACAGGGGUCCCAGAACGAGGGAAGAGACAAGAAUCUUGACUCCAUGUUUCAUGGCUGAUUUAUUAUUUUAUGAUAUAUAUUAUAUUAAAAGAAAAUGAAUACUAAAACUAUACUAAAAUAAUAGAAGAAAGGAUUUCAUCAGAAGGCUGGCAAAGGAAAAAGAAAGGAAUGAUAAUAAAAUCUUGUGACUGACCAGAGAGUCUAAGACAGCUGGACUGUGAUUGGCCAUUAAUUAAAAACAACCACAUGAGACCAAUCAAAGAUGCACCUGUUGCAUUCCACAGCAGCAGAUAAUUCUUGUUUACAUUUCGUUUCUGAGGCUUCUCAGCUUCUCAGGAGAAAAGACCCUAACGAAAGAAUUUUUCAUAAAAUAUGUCCAUGACAAUAAUAAUAUAAUUUCUUAGUAGGUUUUGACAUCAAAAAUAGAAAAAAAUAUAAAAACUAAUACUGUGAAAGAAAUUGUAGACUUUAAAAUUAAACACUUGACAACAUAUUUUUAGGAUUUGUGUUUCACAGCUGGGACCUGAUCCUGCAAAAAAGCCAAUUUAUGUUAUGCAAGUGCACUUCUAAAUUGCAAGCCUAGGCUGUAAAAUUAAAAUUGUGCUAUCUAUUUUGCAAGGGUUUGGCCUCAAAUUGUAGAACCUUGUCAGAGAUUUCUUCUUUAGACAGAUUUAUGAGAAUGUCUGGCCCCAUGGCCUUGCCUGGAGUUCCUGUGCUCAGAGGAGGAUGGUCAGGUGCUCUGCUUGGUCUGUGCAGAAUGCAAGAUAUUUCCAUUUGGAAGGAACCUGGGGGGUGGUGGCAGCUUGCAGCAGGUGUGUGGGGCCUGUGUUCACCCCUACAAAUGUGGGGGCAGGGGGAAAUGUUGGCAUUUGCUCUGUUUUCCAUCAAAACCUUGCAAGGUCUCUCUCAGUAGAACCACCAGUGGAUCUCUGCCAGCAGAACCACCAGUGGAUCUCUGUCAGCAGAACCACCAGUGGAUCUCUGUCAGCAGAACCACCAAUGGAUCUCUGCCAGCAGAACCACCAGUGGAGCUCUGCCAGCAGAACCACCAGUGGAUCUCUGUCAGCAGAACCACCAGUGGAUCUCUGCCAGCAGAACCACCAGUGGAUCUCUGCCAGCAGAACCACCAGUGGAUCUCUGCCAGCAGAACCACCAAUGGAGCUCUGCCAGCAGAACCACCAGUGGAUCUCUGCCAGCAGAACCACCAGUGGGUCUCUGUCAGCAGAACCACCAGUGGAGCUCUGCCAGCAGAACCACCAGUGGAUCUCUGUCAGCAGAACCACCAGUGGGUCUCUGCCAGCAGAACCACCAGUGGAUCUCUGUCAGCAGAACCACCAAUGGAGCUCUGCCAGCAGAACCACCAGUGGAUCUCUGCCAGCAGAACCACCAGUGGAUCUCUGCCAGCAGAACCACCAGUGGAUCUCUGUCAGCAGAACCACCAGUGGAGCUCUGCCAGCAGAACCACCAGUGGAUCUCUGCCAGCAGAACCACCAAUGGAUCUCUGUCAGCAGAACCACCAGUGGAUCUCUCUCAGUAGAACCACCAGUGGCUGUGGAUGGCCUGCAGCAGCUGGGAUGUAGCCCCUGUGCCUGUUUCCAAGCAGAGUGCUCAGUUUUUUGGCUCUCCCCUCAGUUCAGCAUCUGCAUAGUGAAGAAGACAGCAAUCAGUUCUCUAUAGCUCGUCAACAGAAAUGAUGAGCUGUGGUGCUGAAUUUGAAGUGAAUUAGUGAGAUGAGAUGGCACAAUGCCACUGGCCUGGAGAGCAGGCAGGGCCUUAGCCUGGCACAGCUGAGUGCCUGUGCUCUGUGGGAGCAGCUGAGAGUUUUCUACCUGCACCUCAGUGCCUUUCAGAGAGCUGGUAUUCCAGCUGGCAGGUCCCAGAGAGCCUCACAGGGCUGGGGAUCUGCAGUGCAGCACCCCUGGCUGGUCUCCAGUGGGUCCCUUCUGGGAGAAGGUCCCACACAAGGCUUUCCUCUGAGGUGAAGUCCAGCAGCCCCAAAUGCUGCUCAGAGGAGGGAGGGUAAGUGGUUUCCUGGCUGCAUCCCUUGGUUCCCAUGCAUGCAGGGAGCUGUGGUUCUGCUGUGCAGGACUGCAUCCUGUCCUGGGGGGCUGGCAUCUCGAUUGUGACACUCUCUGAGACACCAAGGCAUGAAAAGCACCACAGAGCAGCAGCUCCCAUGGCUGUUCUCCUCAGAGAGCCCCAGGGCUGGAAUGGCCAAAGCCUGAACAUGUCACAUUGUGCUGCCUGGCCUCUUGGCCUCUCCACAUUUUGCCAAAUGUUGAGCUGAAGCAAGUGCCUCUUACUCAGCUGCUGGGAGGGCUGAGAAGUGGGUCUUUGUCUCAGGAGUGUCCUGGUGAGGGGACAAAGACCCUUCAGAUAAAUUGGUCAAUGGCUCAGUGUUGGCUUCCAGAGCAGGUCCUGGGUACCAAGCAGGCUGGGUGGAGGGAGGGUGUUUCAUGUGGACUCAAAGAAUUCCCUGCUCAGCUUGGGAGUCAGCAGAAUAAUAAUGCAAGUGAAUCACUUGUGCCUUAAUGAAAUACAAACCUCUCAGUAAUUAGGUGGGGCUGGGAGUUAUUUGUCUCUCUGCACACUCUUUAUGUGAGUCCACCCUGCUCAGUGCGUGGCUUUCCCUGUGCAGCCUCACAGAUGUUUUGAGUGCUGCUAGGCAAUGUUUUUUUGAUAUGGUAACUUAAAAUAAACCCUAAAUCCCAGGGGAUUUCUUAAGUGCCUCUGAGUAGAUGCCUUGUUUCCUUUGGUGAGGCUCACAGCCUUACAGCAGUGAGGAAAAUUCCUAAGACACCAUGAAGCUGAAAUGGGUUUUAGCUUGUGAUAUCAGGCAAAUAAGGAAAAUAACAUUUCCUGUUUGAGCCUCAGGCAAAAAUGCAGCAGAGGAAAUCUUUAUUAAUGCCUCCCCUCUGAUGCCUGGGCUGCUGUACAGCAUGUACAGUUGAAGGGGCAGAGGCAUCUGAGGGAGUGCAAGCAAGCAGCUCUGCCUUUCAUGCAAAACAAGAUUUCAUGGAGUGGUGCUUUGGUUCUGACAAGGCUUGAUAGCACAACAGGUUUCAGUCAUGCAGGAGGAGGUCACAGCUCGCUCCAUAGAAUAGGGAGCCCUGUUUCACUGCAGGGACCUCUGCCAGGUGUGAACAGACCUUGUAGCUCAAAUCCUUCACAUAAAUUAGAGUGAAAGCUCCAAAAGAAGUGGAUCUGUUCAUUGUGAGGUUGUGUAGGUCUGUGGCUGCAGCACCAUGACCUCCAGCACCCUUCCCAGGGGCUGGGGGUGCCUGAGUCCUGGGGCAGAUACCUGGAGAUACCUAGGACAAUCUCCUGACAGAAAAUAAGAUUUUUCAUAUUUUGCAGUUGCUUUGGUCUGAUACUGGUUGAAUGACAUUUGGGUGGUUUUUAGCCCUCCCUUCCCCACGAGGUUGUGGACACUGGGCUUGAUGGCUUGGUUUUCUUUCUGCUUCUAAUUGCCCAGGGUAUACUUUAACCCUGAGUUAUUGUAGCAGGAAAUUGCUAAUUCCAAGUGACACUUCAGCUGGGGGUAAUCUCUAUUUAUUAUCUGCUUUCUACUUCAGCACCACUAGAUAAGUAACUGGGGCAUUGACAUGCUGAUGGAGCUGUGCAGGUCUCCCCCGGGGGAGGUCACAGGUGAUGGAUUUAUUUACUGCUGCAGACACAGCUGACAUCAGGCAUUCACUUUGGGAGCUUUGAAAGGAGUAAUUUAUAUCAAGGACAUGGAUGUUUGCCCUGGCCUUCUCUUUCCAUUGCUUCAAUUCUUAAUUUCCCAGGCUAUAGCUGUGCUCUGAACAUCAUCAUGUCUUUAACAGGUGGUUCCCAGUAAUGAAUAGUGUGUGAGUGUGCAAAGAGCUCUCCCUGAGAGGCCCUGUUGACCCUUGGGGCCCCAGAUCUGAGCACCAGACUGUGUGGCUGUUGUUUUGCACAGCCAGGACUGGCCUGCUGUGGCCUUGCACAGGGGAGCACCACUCGGAUGGGGCAGGUUUGCAGGGCAUGAUCUGGAACAGGCGAGCAUGAAGGGUGCUCUGGCCAUUCCCAUCCUUGCCCUUGGCAGUCAUUAAUGAUAUGCUAAUCAGUGUUUGACCAGUUGUGACCCCCUGUUUGGUGUGCCACACCCACCAGAGCCUGUCCUUUCCU